UUUGAAGCAUGCGCAUAAAGCUUGCACACUGUAUACAAACCCAACACAAAAACAAGAUGAACAUGGAACAAUUUAUUAAUGUGUUAAUGAGGCCUAGUGGUUAGAGAGUUUGAUUCCUAACCCUAAGGUUGUUGGUUUGAGUCUCGGGCUGGCAAUACCAUGACUGAGGUGCCCUUUAGCAAGGCACUGAACCCCCAACUGCUCCCUGGGUGCCGCAGCAUAAAUGGCUGCCCACUGCUCUGGGUGUGUGUUCACUGCUGUGUGUUUGUGCACUUUGGAUGGGUUAAAUGCAGAGCAUAAAUUCUGAGUAUGGAUCACCAUACUUGGCUGUAUGUCACUUCACUUUCAUAUCUAUAUAUCUUGUGGAAAAUGGGCAUCUGAUGUCCUUUUCAAAAUAAAUUGGAUAGCCUUUUAAUAUAAUAUUCCAUAAAUUAUCAGAGCUUAGUAGACAUGAUUAUUAUUUUUAACAUUUUUAACACCCCUUUCUCUCUCUCUCUCUCUCUCUCUCUCUCUCUGUUUAUUCCUAGAAAUGUAAGGCACCCAUCAGACUAUGCCAUUAAUGUGAAGUAAACUCAACUGAGAUUUGUUAGCAUGAUCAUUUUAAGCAUCACUGUUCUACUUGUGAUUGUUCCUUUUAAUUAUGAACUUUGUGCUUGUGGAUGUGCACGUGCUGAAUAUGACAUAGACAAUCAGUGCUGCCCCAUGUGUGCUCCUGGGAACCAUGUUCAAUGGCACUGCACAGAUGAUACCAGUACAACUUGUCAUCCAUGCCCUGAAUUCACUUUUAGUGAUGAACCCAAUGGCCUCAUGAAAUGCUUCCCCUGUACUGUGUGUGAUGCAAGCCAAGGUUUAAGAGUGAAUAAAGCAUGUACUCGGUCAUCAGAUACUGUCUGUGGGCCACUGAAGAGAUUCUACUGCAUUAACAAAAUGAAAAGUAGCUGCAUUUCAGCUGUGCAACAUUCUGAAUGUAGCCCUGGACAAUAUAUCAAACAAGCAGGUACUGGCUCUACAGAUACUGUAUGUGCUGACUGUACAGGUGAAACAUAUUCAAAUGGAUCGUUCUCAUCCUGUUUACCACACACAAAAUGUGAGGACAUGGGACUUACGGAAACAAAUCCAGGAACAUAUUCUUAUGACACAGAAUGUCUAAAUCCCUAUACUGAUGUAGCAAUCAUUUGUCCUAGUGUUAUAGUUUCUUUAAUGUGUUUAAGUGUUUUCACAGUUAUACUUGUUCUGAAAAAGAAACAAUCAAAACAUCUAGUAAGCAUUAUUUUCUUUUUUUAAAUAGAUCUUAUCUUAUUAGUUAAAUUACUAAUGAUUUAUCUUCCGUUCACACAGGAAUACAGGUAUACUGAA